AUGGCUUCCAAGGCUAGUGAAAUGCCAGUCAGUGAUGAUAUCCAAUAUAUUCGCUUAUAUAUACCACGACAAGUCUAUUUACAUGGUUAUGUGGCUCCUUUUUUAAUAUUCUACAUGAUCUGGCUUUAUGUCUGGCUGGUAAUGUAUGGCGUUCAAGAGUAUUUUGAAGCUGGAUUGAUAGCUGUUGCCGGAAUUGGCAUUUUGCAAAUUUUAACUUGCUUGUCUUGUUUUUGGUCAGUCCAUGUUCGAUGUGCCCUCACCUGUAAAUCGGUAUUGGAUGUCCAUCAAGCAACUGUCGCUAAAGUGGUUCCAACUCCGAAUAAUGGUUAUCCAGAAAUUGUCAAAAUACAUCAUGAUAAGGAUGAAGAUUCCAAUCGUUCCAUAAUAUGGUUCUCUUUUCAAAAGACCAAAUAUUUAUACGAUGCUGAGGAAAAGAAACAGUUUCAUAGUGUUCCCUUUCCUGUAGAUCGUAAAAUGCACUUCUAUAAGAAUUGGAAAGGCUUCAAUGAAGUCCAUGAAAUUGAACAUACUAAUCGGAUAUUUGGAGACAACAAGCUAGAGUUGAUAGUACCAGAAUUUUCGGAAUUAUUUAAAGAACGAGCAACUGCGCCGUUUUUUGUCUUUCAAGUAUUUUGCGUUGCUCUCUGGUGCCUAGAUGAAUAUUGGUAUUACAGUAUAUUUACCUUGGCUAUGCUUGUUAUGUUUGAGGCUACCCUUGUGCAGCAGCAAUUACGGAAUCUUCGUGAAAUUCGUAAUAUGGGAUCAAAGCCUUACAUGAUUAAUGUAUUUCGUCAACGCAAGUGGCGAUUAAUAUCAAGCAGUGAAUUAGUGCCUGGAGAUAUAUGUUCAAUUGUGCGCUAUAGCGAUGAUCGUACAAUUCCUUGUGAUAUGCUACUACUGCGUGGACCUUGCAUCGUUGAUGAAGCUAUGCUUACUGGUGAAUCUGUGCCCCAAAUGAAGGAACCUGUAGAAGAUAUUGAAGAUUCGAUAUAUCUUGAUCCUACUCAACAUAGUAAAUUACAUAUUUUAUUUGGAGGGACGAAAGUAGUACAACAUACGCCACCUCCUAAAAAUAGCAAUGGAAUACGAUCUAGCGACAACGGCUGCAUCGCCUACGUAUUGCGCACUGGAUUUCAUACAUCCCAGGGAAAACUACUGCGUACUAUCUUGUAUGGUGUGAAACGAGUGACUGCCAAUAACUUAGAAACGUUCUGCUUCAUUCUUUUCUUAUUAAUUUUUGCUAUUGCUGCGGCUGCGUACGUUUGGAUUAAAGGAACAGAAGAUCCUUCUCGUAACAGAUAUAAGCUUUUCCUGGAGUGUACGUUUAUAUUAACUUCUGUUGUACCGCCCGAAUUACCAAUAGAACUAUCUCUUGCCGUUAACAGCUCUUUAAUGUCACUUAUUAAGCUUGGUAUUUAUUGCACUGAACCUUUCAGAAUACCUUUUGCUGGAAAAAUUGAUGUCUGUUGUUUUGAUAAAACUGGUACCUUAACAAGUGAUAAUUUGAUUGUGACUGGCAUCGCAGGCUUAAAGGAAGGUUGCAAAUUGACAGAAAUUUCGGAAGCUCCAAUGGAAACUUUACGAAUCCUUGGCACAUGUCAUUCUUUGGCAAAGCUUGACGAAACCUUUGUAGGUGAUCCAUUAGAGAAAGCAGCGUUGAAAGCUAUUGACUGGUCAUUUACUAAAGAUGAUGUCGCCAUUCCGAGGAAAGGAUUUCGCCAAACAUUACGUAUUGUUCAUAGAUUUCAUUUCUCUAGUGUUUUAAAGAGGAUGUCAGUAAUUUGUUCAAUGCAAACUCCACAAUCCAGUAUUAGUAAUUACAUUGUAACAACUAAAGGAGCACCGGAAAUCUUAAAAAGAAUGUUUAAAGAAGUCCCUAAAGAUUACGAUUCAGUACAUGAAGAAAUGGCCAGAAAAGGUGCUCGCAUCUUAGCCUUAGGUUAUAAAGAAAUAGGCGAACUUACCAGCGUGCAAUUGCGUGAGAUGACUAGAGAACAAGCCGAAAACGAAUUAAUAUUUGCAGGAUUUGUAGUCAUAUCUUGUCCAUUAAAAUAUGAUUCAAAAGCCGUCAUUAAAGAUUUAAAGCACUCAAGUCACCAUCUAAUUAUGAUCACUGGCGAUAGUGCUUUGACCGCCUGCCAUGUCGCUAAAGAAUUAGAAAUUGUGACAAAACCUACUCUUAUUUUGAAGAAAACAAACAACGAUGAUUGGUUGUGGCAAUCAAUCGAUAGAACAAUUAAUCUGCCUCUAAUGGAAGUAGAAAAGAGGAACGAAUUUGUAUCGAAAUACUGUUUAUGUGUUACUGGAGAGGGAUUACCUGAAAUUAUUGCUACUAAAACUAGUAAGGGUAAGAGAACCCUAUUUGAAACAUUAUUACCGUUUAUACAAGUCUUCGCACGAAUGGCUCCGAAACAAAAAGAAAUUGUCAUUACAACAUUAAGAGAACGAGGCUUUAUUACCUUAAUGUGUGGAGAUGGUACAAACGAUGUAGGAGCGUUAAAACAUGCUAAUGUCGGUGUUGCAUUAUUAACUCAUGCUCCUCAACCAAAAGCUGCAACUAAGUUCGAGCUGUCAGGGAAAGAUUUACCGGUAAGAAGCAAAUACUUAGUUACACGAAGCCCAUUGAGCAAUCAAAAUCAAAAAAUGACAAGCACAAAAUCGGUUGCAAAGCUGUUAAAAGACAUUGACGAAGGAGAUCAACCAUCUGUUGUCAAACUUGGUGAUGCAUCUAUUGCUUCCCCUUUCACAUUCAAAUUCUCAUCUACUAUCUGUACUACUCAUAUUAUUCGCCAAGGUCGUUGUACCUUGGUGACAACGUUGCAAAUGUUCAAGAUUUUGGCUCUUAAUGCGCUUGUUCUUGCUUACAGCCAAAGUGUUUUAUAUCUAGAUGGAAUUAAAUUUAGUGACAGUCAAGCGACUUUGCAGGGUGUUUUGCUUGCUGGGUGUUUCUUGUUUAUCUCUCGAUCGAAGCCGUUGCAUACUCUGUCAAAGCAAAGACCUUUGCCAAAUAUUUUCAACACUUAUACUAUUUUAACGGUAUUGUCUCAAUUUUUUGUGCACUUUACUUGUUUGGUAUACCUGGUUCAAGAAGCUAAAGCUUUAGUUCCACCAAGAGAAGAAAAAUUUGUGAAUUUGGACGCAAAAUUUGAACCGAAUUUGAUCAACUCUGUAGUAUAUUUGAUAUCAAUAACUUUACAAAUUUCAACGUUUGCGGUGAAUCACCGGGGUCACCCUUUUAUGGCUAGCCUUACAGAGAAUAAGCCGCUACUCUACAGUAUUCUUCUUUCAUCAACUGUUAUUGGGCUGAUAGCGGUUGGAUUAGCACCUGAAUUAAGCUACCAAUUUGAGAUUGUAGAAAUACCAGUUGAAUUACGAAACAAAUUGGCAAGUGUCCUAGUAGCUGAUUUUAUUUUAGCUUAUGUUCUGGAUAGUUGCUGCCAGUGGUUAUUAGGCGAAGCUAAGCUCAAAUGCAACUAA